AUGCAGCUCUCAACUACCUUCCUUGCCCUCGCUUCUGUAUUCGUCGCAUCCAGCGCCGCACAGGGUACCCUCUCAUUCACGAUCUCGACGUGCGCCGCCUGCAGCACCGCAUCCGGAUGUCUGAUUGAGGGCUCAACCAACCUCCCCGCCAACAGGUGCAUCAGCAUCUACGACGGCAACAAGAGUCUCAUCAUUACCGAAGCUGCUAACCCCAACUGCAAGAAUGAAGCCCCAGAGGUGUUCGGCGAAGUCGGUGUUUGUGAGGCGUAUGGCCCUAAGAACUCGUACAAGAUCACCUGCUAG